CACGUGCAUUUUUCUUCCGUGUGGUUUGGUCCAUAUUGCAGGCCAUCUGAAAUUCACCCACAUUUUCCUAGUUUCCCACUUCUCAUUUCUCAUAAUAUUCUUCUCCAUUUUUUUGGUUUUUCUCUUUUAACAUUCUCAAAUCAUCAUGCUACCUUAACCAGACGAAACUCAAGAACAACCCCAAAUUAAAGAGCAGAUUGGCGGGUGGAUGGUUUAUACAGAUCAUGUCACAACAGAAAACUGUUGAAAAUCUUUGUCUCGUCCCAGUUUUCAGUUUCUUUUUCUUGAUUGUUACAGCCCUUACAGGGGGGCUUGUGAGUGGAGAUUCCUUGGAGACAGACAAGGAUGUUUUGAUGAACCUGAAAUCAUAUAUUGAGAAUCAGAGCGCUGUUAACAGAGGAUCAAGAUGCACAAAAUGGAAUUCAACAGAUUUGUCACCCUGCAAUUGGCCCGGAGUUUUCUGCUCCGGGGGGAGAGUCACCGGACUAAACCUCUCCGGCGACUACCUGACCGGAAACAUGUUCCACAACUUCUCUGCCCUAACCAGCUUAACCUAUCUGGACCUGUCCAGCAACACGAUUGGCGGGGUCAUCCCAGAGGACCUGGGCAAGUGCCACAGCUUAAGAUUCUUGAACCUGUCACAUAACAUCAUUGAUGGGGAGCUCCAUCUGAGUGGGCUGGAGAGCUUGGAGGUUCUAGACGUGUCGUUGAACCGGUUUCACGGGGAUGCCGGGCUGGCUUUCCCCGGAAGGUGUGACGGUUUGGUGGUGGCGAAUAUUUCCGGCAAUAACUUCACCGGAGAGAUGGGAAAUGCCCUGGAAAAAUGUGGGAAUCUUAGGUAUCUUGAUCUGAGCUCAAAUAGUUUGAGUGGGGAUUUGUUGUUGUUCGGGUUUGAUAAUCUGAAAGAGCUUUCAGUGGCUCAAAAUCAUAUGUCUGGCGGGUUGCCCUGGUGGGUUUUCAACCAAAGUUGCAGCCUGGAAUCUCUGGAUUUGUCUGAGAAUAAAUUCUUUGGCGAAGUGCCUAAGGAGGUGUCCAAUUGUAAGGAUCUAAGUAUGAUAAACCUGUCUGGUAACAACUUUUCAGGGCCAAUUCCUAGUGAAAUUGGGUCACUUGAGAGCCUUGAGGGAUUGUACUUAGGAGGCAACAACUUUUUGAGACACAUUCCAAACACUUUAACCAGCCUGCCCAAAUUAGUGUUCCUGGACCUAAGCAACAACAGCUUUGGGGGUGAAAUUCAAGAAAUUUUCGGGGAAUUUAAGCAGGUCCGGUUCCUUCUGUUACAUGGAAAUGGCUACACCGGAGGGAUCGUCACAUCUAGAAUCACCGAGCUCGUGAACCUCUCGCGGUUGGACUUGAGCUACAACGAUUUCUCCGGUCCAUUGCCUGUUGAGAUCUCCAAAAUGACAAAUUUGAAGUUCCUGGUUCUUGCUUUCAACCAAUUCACAGGUCCCAUACCUUCUGAAUAUGGUAAUUUCCCGGGCCUUCAAGCCCUCGAUCUCUCGUCCAACGCCCUAAACGGAUCCAUCCCUCCAAGCCUAGGAAGGCUAACUUCACUCCUGUGGCUAAUGCUGGCAAACAACUCGCUCACGAGCGAAAUCCCACCCGAGCUGGGCAACUGCAGCAGCUUAUUAUGGCUAAACCUCGCGAGUAACAACCUUUCUGGUUCAAUCCCUCCCGAGCUAGCAAACAUCGGAGCCAACCCAAUGCCAACGUUCGAGUUAAACCGGGCUAAAGACAAGAUCACACCCGGAUCCGGGGAGUGCCUGGCCAUGAAGAGAUGGAUAUUUGCUGAUUAUCCCCCUUUCAGCUUUGUAUAUCCCCUGCUAACCAGAAAAAAUUGCAGAAACCUUUGGGAUAUGCUGCUUAAAGGGGCUGGAAUUUUUCCAGUUUGUGAACUUGGCUCUACUAUCCGUACCUAUCAAAUAACAGGCUAUGUACAACUUUCCGGCAACAAAUUCUCCGGUUUGGUACCACCGGAGAUCGGAAAAAUGAGGAAUUUCAGUAUGCUCCAUCUUGGGGACAAUAAUUUCCAUGGAAAUUUGCCAGCACAGAUUGGAGGAAUGCCAUUAAUAGUACUCAAUCUCACCCAGAACAAUUUUUCUGGGAAAAUUCCUCCUCAAAUUGGGAACAUCAAGUGCCUCCAGAAUCUUGAUUUAUCUUACAACGCUUUCAAUGGCGCAUUUCCCACUACCCUCAACAACUUAACCGAUCUCAACAAGUUCAACAUCUCUUACAACCCGGACAUCUUCGGGGAAAUCCCGGCGACCGGCCAGAUAGCAACCUUCGACAAUUGGUCGUUCCUCGGAGACCCUUUGCUGCGCCUUCCUUCCUUCAUCAACACCUCUACAAACGGUAAACCCAAACCAGAAAAUCCCAAGAAGCAAACGAAAACCAGCGCGGUUUUGGUGUUUGCCGCACUGGUGUCUGCUUCUCUGGUUUGUGGACUUCUUAUCCUUGUUGUCUGCCUCGCCGUGAAACCGCCAAAGGAUUCUCCGGGGUACUUCUUGGAGGCCUCGGCCUCUUCCUCGUCGCAAUGGGUAUCCUCAGACGAUGAUGUUAAGGUUAUCCGGUUGGGAAAAACAUCGUUCACCCACUCGGAUAUCUUAAAAGCGACGAGGGGUUUCUCGGACGACAGGAUCAUUGGUCGGGGAGGGUGCGGGACGGUGUACCGAGGAGUGUUGCCGGACGGGAGAGAAGUGGCGGUGAAGAAGCUCCAGAGAGAAGGCGUUGAAGGGGAAAGAGAAUUCAUGGCGGAAAUGGAAGUUUUGAGUGGAAAUGGUUUCGGAUGGCCUCACCCUAAUCUCGUGAUGCUCUAUGGGUGGUGCCUCGAUGGGGCUGAGAAAUUGCUGGUUUAUCAAUACAUGGAAGGUGGGAGUUUAGACAAUAUCAUAACAGAUAGGGUUUCAUUGCCAUGGCGAAACCGUCUAAACAUUGCAAUAGAUGUAGCAAAGGCCUUGGUGUUUUUGCACCAUGAGUGUUACCCUUGCAUUAUUCAUAGAGACGUCAAGGCUAGCAACGUGCUCCUUGAUAAGGCGGGACGGGCACGGGUCACGGAUUUUGGCUUGGCUAGAAUCAUGGACGUGGCCAAGACCCACAUCAGUACCGUCGUGGCAGGGACCAUCGGAUACGUGGCACCGGAGUAUGGACAAACGUGGAAAGCCACGACAAAAGGGGAUGUGUAUAGCUUCGGCGUGCUGGCCAUGGAACUGGCCACGGCUAGACGGGCCGUGGACGGAGGGGAAGAGUGCUUACUAGAAUGGGCGCGAAGAGUGAUGGGCGAUGGCCGGCAAGGAUUUAGCCGAGCAUCGCCGCCCGUGGCUCUCUUAGUGUCGGGGUUGGCAGAGGGGGCGGAGCAAAUGUGCGAGUUGUUGAGGAUUGGGAUUUGGUGCACGGCCGAGACGCCGCAUUUUCGCCCAAAUAUGAAGGAAGUUCUUGAUGUUUUGCUUAGGAUUUCACCCACUAGUACUAGGAAUUCUAGUCGAGGAUCACCUUCUGGUCCUUCAUUUUGAUGCAUUCAUUAAAUGUGAAAAGGUGUCAUAAUUUUUUGGUAUAAUUGAGGGGUAGGAUUUAGAUUGACAAUGGUAAUGUGUGUUAUAAAUUUAGGAGUUUCUUUGUGUGAAUUCUUGUAUUCUUCUCAUUCAAGAA